GAGAGAGAGAGAGAUCCAGUGUGUGUGAGUGUGUGUGCUGGCGCGCUCGGGGUCCACUUCAGAGUAAGAACUGUAUCCAUAUGAUUAAAAUGCCGAUCCCAUUCUUCCUGGAUGGAAAGUAAUCGAGGAAAGUAAAACUGGGGGCGUUCGCGCGGUGACGCGCGCGCGCGGCGGUUUCUGGCGUCGCGCGCUCCCUCGUGCGCUCUGGUGAGCUUCAUUGGACGUGAGCCGCUGUUCGAGUUUCACUCGACGCUGCCUCAAAGUUGGCCGGAAGCACAAACAAACAAACAAACAAACAAACAACACAAUGCGCUCACUCGUUGUUUUCCUGGUGUACACUUUUGUGCUGGGGUCUAAAGCGUCUCCGUCCCGCAGCGUUUUUACUAAUCAUUGGGCUGUGCGUCUGAAAGGAGGACCUGAAGAAGCUGACAAACUUGCUUCGAAAUAUGGCUUCACAAAUUUGGGGCAGAUUGGCGGUCUGGAGGACCACUACCAUUUCCAUCACAGUCACGUGGUGCGUAGAUCUACCUUCACCACUAGGGGCACACACAGUUUCAUUCACAUGGACCCCAAGGUGGACUGGGUCCAGCAGCAGAUAGUAAAGUCCCGGGUGAAACGUUACGCCUGGAGUGACCCCAACUUCAUCUAUUUCAAUGACCCCAAGUGGUCAAACAUGUGGUACAUUCAUUGCAGUGAUAAAAACAGCCGAUGUCGCUCCGAAAUGAACAUCUUGGCAGCGUGGCAGCGUGGCUAUACAGGCAGAAAUGUUGUCAUCACCAUCCUAGAUGAUGGGAUAGAGAGAAACCAUCCUGACCUGGCUCAAAACUAUGACCAGCUGGCCAGCUAUGAUGUAAAUGGCAAUGACCAUGAUCCAAUGCCACGUUAUGACUCUAGCAAUGAAAACAAGCAUGGGACCCGGUGUGCUGGGGAAGUGGCUGCUGUGGCCAACAACUCACAUUGCAUUGUGGGUAUUGCUUACAAUGCCCGAAUUGGAGGCAUUCGGAUGCUGGAUGGGGAUGUGACUGAUGUGGUGGAGGCGAAGUCACUUGGGAUUCGUCCCGACUACAUUGACAUUUACAGUGCCAGCUGGGGCCCUGAUGAUGAUGGGAAGACUGUGGAUGGUCCAGGCCCACUAGCCAAACAGGCCUUUGAAAUGGGCAUUAAAAAGGGGCGUAAAGGUCUGGGCUCAAUCUUUGUGUGGGCGUCCGGUAACGGAGGUCGGCAAGGAGAUCACUGCUCAUGUGACGGCUACACCAACAGCAUCUACACCAUCUCUGUUAGCAGCAGCACGGAAAAUGGCAACAAGCCCUGGUACCUGGAAGUCUGCUCAUCUACCAUGGCCACCACCUACAGCAGCGGAGAGUUCUACGACCGCAAAAUAAUUACUACAGACCUGCGGCAGCGCUGUACAGAUGGACACACAGGCACAUCCGUGUCUGCACCAAUGGUGGCUGGCAUCAUCGCUCUCGCACUGGAGGCCAAUCCAUUAAUAACAUGGAGGGAUGUGCAACACCUCUUGGUAAAGACAUCGAGACCAGUUCAUCUGAAAGCUAGCGACUGGAAAACCAAUGCAGCAGGACACAAAGUCAGUCACCUGUAUGGAUUUGGGUUGGUGGAUGCCGAAGCCAUGGUGGUAGAGGCCAAGAAAUGGCGUAGUGUUCCACCUCAGCACACAUGCACGAAGAUCUCAGAUCGCAGAACCAGGUACAUCCGGCCAGAGCAGAAGCUAAAUGUUACCAUGAGCAGCACAGGUUGCAGCAGACAACCAGACCAACAUGUAGCCUUCCUGGAGCAUGUAGUGGUACGGGUGCUGAUUGUUCACCCACGCAGAGGAGAUCUGGAGGUCAGUCUUGUCUCCCCAUCAGGAACCCGCUCCCAUCUUCUUGCCAGAAGGUUGUUUGAUAACUCUAACGAGGGCUUCAGAAACUGGGAGUUCAUGACUGUGCACUGCUGGGGAGAGCGAGCGGAAGGCACCUGGACCCUGGAGAUAUCUGACUCACCCUCACAGCUCCGCAGCAAUCUUGAAGUUCUAGGUAAGCUAAAGGAGUGGACUUUGAUUCUCUAUGGCACUUCUGAGCAUCCCUACCAGUCUCAGGGUUCUCAGCACUCUCGUGCUCGAAUGCUGGAGAUUCCUAGUGUUAAGAAUCCAGAGCCUUCACCAAGCACUGCAGUCCAGCACGAAGAGGAGGAAGAGGAGGAGUACACUGGGCCAUGCCAUCAUGAGUGUGGUGAUCAGGGUUGUGAUGGUCCAGAUGCUGACCACUGCCUAAACUGCAUCCACUUCAGCCUGGGCAGCCUGAAGUCUGGGAGAAGGUGUGUCAGCCACUGCCCAUUGGGUUAUUUUGAAGACACUGAAGUGCGGAGGUGCAGACGUUGUCACCGAGGCUGUGAGAAGUGCGUGGGUCGCGGCUCAAACGAUUGCUGCUCCUGCCGGAGAGGACUGUACUUCUACACAGAGGAGAGUUCAUGCAUAGAGAACUGCCCCGUUGGAUACUUCAGUGAUGAGGUUCAGAGACAUUGUCUGAAGUGUCACGAGAACUGUGUGAAGUGCCUGCAGGAUUCUGACAGAUGUACAGCAUGCAAAAAAGGCUUUAGUUUAGCAGGAAUGACUUGUGUUCCUGAGUGCACAAAUGGAACCUUCUUUAACCUGGAGGAGAUGAAGUGCAGCCCCUGCCACGUCUCCUGCUCCACCUGCACAGGGCCAGGCAUGGAGGAGUGUCUCCACUGCUCGCAACACUUCCUACAGGAGGAGUGGCGAUGUGUGCGGAAAUGCAGCCCUGGGCACUACGAAGGGGAGAGCAUAGGAUUCCCACAGAGGAUGUGCCGCAAAUGUGAGGAGAAUUGUCUAAGCUGCAGUGGGCCUGGAACAAGCUGUACUCAAUGCAGAGAUGGAUACAACCUUGUCAGCAGUACCUGCAUAAUCAGUGCCACCUGUAACAAUUCGGAUGAAGUUUUCUGCGACAUGGUGAAGUCCAACCGACUGUGUGAGAAGAAACUCUUUCGCCAGUUCUGUUGCAGAACCUGCUUGAUGACUGGAUGAAUAAAUAAAGAGAGAAUGAAAACGAUAUGGACAGGUCACAUUCUUUAAUAUGACUGCGUUAUCUGAUGUACAUUUAUAAUCCAAUUAUACCUGUGGAUUCCACCCAACAAACUCCUCAUUUCAGUAACACCCUAAAAGGGUGCUAUUUUAUUGCCAUUUGAUUUUUUUUUUAAUUUUUAUUAAAGCUGUCUGUUUUAUAAGCUGCAUUUAGUACAUGUACAAAUUGAUUCUUUUUUUAUUCUAUUAUGAUAUAAUGUGAUGUAGUGCAAUGGGGAUCUGUGUGCGAUUCUAAAGAAUAAGAUGAAAGGGCAACAUCGUGAGUAAAUCGAAUUUCCAGCACUCGGCUGAAUCGAUAAAUGUGAUGCCAGAUUAAUUAUUUUAAAAGUCAGUAAGCAAAGAAGCUUUUAAACACAUACAAUCGCAGCACCAUUUAUCAAGAAAGAUUAAUUAAAAUCCCAGUGCAGGUAUUGUACAUACUGAAGUGUGAAUAUAAUGGUUAAAAUAUUUGCUUCUUAAAAAGGGGCAUAAUAAACUAAAUGAUAUGUUGCCACCAGCAAGA